AUGAUUCAGAUGAACAUCUCUUCUUCAACCGCCGUCACACAAGCGAUGGAUAGACUCCGUUGGUUCUUCGCCCUUCGCGACUCGAGAGACGAUGUAUCAGGCAAAGACAGAGACACCUUGGAGUUCGAACGAAUGUUGCGACAGAGAGCUUCGCCACUCUUUCGCUUUAUUUGGCGAUGCGAACAAUGGGGCAGGCAGAUUUCCACUAUCGGAUUCAACCUGUGGAAGGUUCUGUGGCAUGCUACCAUCGGACGCUGGGUAUAUGUAAAAAACGGACGCUUUGCAAUGGAAGCGGAAAUCAUGCGCUUUGUUUCUUCCCAUACAUCCAUUCCCCUUCCUCGCGUCUGGGCGAAUAUAUCCUACAAGGACCGCCACUAUAUUCUUAUGGCCAGAGUCAAUGGCAUGGUUCUUGAAGAGGCCUGGGACCAGUUACCGUUCGACACCAAAGCCAUUGUCGCAGAGCAACUCGCCAAUUACAUCAGUCAGCUCCGUGCCAUACCCCCUCCCCCUGAUGUGCGAGCGAUCUGUUCCUUGGGUGGGGGACCCGUGCAAUGCCACCGGCUGCACGAUGACGGAGUAGCAGGUCCUUUUCGUGACGAAGACCAUAUGAACUUCCAAUUACGCCACUGCCGCCCCAUGGACGCCUAUCCUGCUUUCGUUCAAUCUGCGCACUCCAAGAGCCAUCCUCUGGUCUUCACUCACAACGACCUCUUUCCGAGAAAUAUCAUGAUCGACCAGACCACUGGCCAAGUCCUCGCAGUCCUCGAUUGGGAGAGCGCUGGAUGGUUCCCCUCACACUGGGAAUACUGCAAAUCUCGGAAUUGGGGUAUUUGGAAGCCAUACCAGCAGGAGUGGAUGAACGAAUGGGUGCCGAAGGUAAUCCCGGUUUACGAGGAGGAAGCGAAAGCGGACAGAUUCCUCAUGUACGAAUCGGGGCUUUCAAGCCUAAAUCCGAUUCGACAUGCUCCAUAG